AUGGUCCAACUACUAAACAUUGCUCUUUGCGGGGCCUCCGGAAAUCUUGACCAGAAAGUCCUACAGGAACUUAUCGAGUCAAACAAAUUCAAUAUCACAGUUCUUGUACGAUCGAACAACCACCCCGACAUCCCGGCAUCGGUUGCCACAGCGCUUGUCAAUUACCAGUCAAUUGACAGCCUGACAUCUGCCUUGAAAGGAAAAAAUGCUGUUGUCUCUACCCUGGGGACCUUUGCUAUUAGCUCGCAAAAGCUUUUGAUAGAGGCAGCUGUAGCUGCUGGUGUCCAGCGGUUCAUUCCUUCCGAAUUCGGGUCGGAUACGCUUAACGAAGAGGUCAGGUCAUUGCCAGUCUACAAGGAUAAGCUUGAUGCCCAGAAAGUUCUGGCUGAUAAGGCUGCGGAUGGUGCCAUUACCUAUACCCUUAUUUUGAACAACGCAUAUCUUGACUGGGGCCUUGACGUCGGCUUCCUGCUUGACAUCCGCAAACUAUCUAUCGAGUUGCGAGACGGCGGUGAUCAACUGUUCAGCACAACCAAAUUGUCAGCCGUGGGAAAGGCGGUUGUCGGAGUGCUAACUCACCCGAAUGAAACAGCCAAUCGGGCAGUUUACAUCCACGACAUCGCGAUCUCGCAAAAGAAGUUGUUGAAGCUUGCCCAAGCCCAAACCCCAGGUGAAGAGUGGGAAGUGACAGAAGCUGAUACAGCCGAGCUAGUCAAGCAGUCAGACGAAACUCUCAGAACAAACCCCUCUGACCCAUUCCUCUGGUACGGUUACAUUAAACGUGCGAUUUGGGGACAGGGGCUGGGUGGGCACUUUCAACAAGUCGACAACUCGCUUUUGGGUAUUCCAGAAAUCACCGAAGCUGAAGUUUCUGAGCUUCUCCAGAACUUGCUCAAGCCUGGAUAUAAGAUUUGA